ACUGUCGGGCUGCUGUGUAACUAAUGACCCGUCUGAACGACAGAAUGGAGAAACACGCCAGAUUACUAUCAUCGAAGCUUUUCCUGAAGCGCAGACAGGUAGAAGUUGUUCUUAAUAGCAGUGUUUUGGCUUGGAGGGACGUUGAGAAGCGCAGUAGAAGAGGAUCUGGCAUCAGCAACAUUUCGCAAACAGCUCACAGCCAUGCUGCUCUACUGUGUGAAAUCGUGGCUGUCCGCAAGACGGAAGACAACGACCAAGACGACACAGAGACCAGGAGGAGUCAGAAAAAAGCAAAGCAGCACUCUGAGCAGCAUCCAUAUCCAUUCACAGUUUCCUACGUGAGACGGACAAGGCAGCACCAGUGGCGGUGUAGUGAUGUCACCUUCCACUGCGCCAGUCAGGGACUUUGUGAGCAGUGGAUCCAAGUUAUCAAUGAGCAGCUAUCAUUAUUCACCAACCGGCCGAAGAGCCUCCUAGUGUACAUCAAUCCCUACGGGGGGAAGCGGCAAGGGAAGCGUAUUUACGAGCAGAAGGUGGCUCCGCUGUUUCGCCGCGCCUGCAUCUCAGCCGACGUGAUUGUUACAGAGCGUGCCAAUCAUGCCAGAGACCACUUGAAAACAGAGGCCAAUCUGGAUAAAUAUGACGGGGUGGUGUGUGUGGGUGGAGAUGGGAUGUUCAGUGAGAUCCUACACGGGUUGGUCACCAGGACCCAAACGGACAAAGGCGUGGACCAGAAUCAAUCAGAAGCUGAAUUGGUGCCAUGCUCUCUACGCAUUGGUAUCGUCCCUGCAGGGUCCACUGACUGUAUCUGCUUUGCCACAGUGGGAACCAAUGAUCCAGUUACUUCUGCUUUGCACAUCAUUGUGGGUGAUUCCCAGCCGAUGGAUGUGUGUUCAGUGCACCACAACAACAUUUUCCUCAAAUACUCUGUUUCAUUGCUUGGCUACGGUUUCUAUGGGGAUGUCCUGACAGACAGCGAGAGGAAGAGAUGGCUUGGUCCCGCUAGAUAUGACCUGUCAGGAGUAAAAACCUUUUUGAGUCACAACUACUAUGAAGGCACCAUCUCUUUCCUCCCUGCUGAGGACAACAUGGGAAACCCCAGGGACAAACUGCAGUGUCGAUCCGGGUGUCGGGUCUGUCAGCACAAGCCUUCAUCAAAGAACACCCACUGUGAGAUGUCAGAAGAGGAGGAAAAGUCUCAUAAAGAUGGUAGCAGGGUUUGGAGCCAGAUCCGUGGGAAGUUCAUCGCCAUCAAUGCUGCCAGUAUGAGCUGUGCAUGUCCUCGUAGUCCUAAAGGUCUGUCACCCUCCGCCCACCUCGCUGACGGCACCACAGACCUCAUCCUGGUCAGGAAGUGUUCCCGGCUGGACUUCCUCAGACACCUUCUUCGACACACCACCAAAGAGGACCAGUUUGACCACUCGUUCGUGGAAGUCCACCGGGUGCAGAAGUUCCGUUUCCAGCCGCGGCACCAUGAGCUGGUAUCCCUGGAGGACCUGAGCGAGCCUCAAAAGAAAACAGGCUUCAGACCCAUAUGCUCCACAGCUACGACCUGCAACUACACCUCUGCCCACAGCAGCUGGAACUGCGACGGGGAGAUCUUGUCUCACGCUGCCAUCCAAGUCAGUGUCCAGUGCCAGUUGAUCCGGCUGUUUGCCCGCGGUAUCGAGGAGCAGCAGCAGCAGCAGCAGCACCAGUGUGUGUUGGAAGACCUUUGUACACUGUGGGCCCCGGAGCCAGACACGCACUAG